GGCCACAUCAGCUCCCGGCACUUCCUUGGCCCUGCCUGGCUCAUUAGUUUUGGGUUCCUCGUGAGCUUACUCUAGUUAGUGCUUGAAGACCUGGCCAAGAGCAGGGAUACAUAUGCAGAUGAGGUUUUUGGAGGAUGGCAAUUUGGUCCUCACCCUAGAAAUUUUCCUGCUCCUGGUGAUAGGUUCAGAGCAGUGUACCAGGAAUGAGAAUAAACGCACAGGGCUGUCCCCAGAGCGCUGGUGUUCUGCAAAUUUCAGCACUGGGAAUCUAGAGGCCUGAUCUGAACUGUGCCCAGGCCCCACCCUUCUAGUUGGUACUUGCUAGCAGGAGAGGUAAGCUCGACAGAUGUGUGAGAGGAGGGGACAACCCUUAGAGUUCAGAGGAAAGGUGGUCAGCGUUCGAAACAGCUCUCCUUCACAAAGUAUGGCCAUGGAAUGCUUCAGGGGCUGACAUGGACCCAAAUCCACGAGCAGCCCUGGAACGCCAACAGCUGCGUCUCAGGGAGCGGCAGAAAUUCUUCGAGGACAUUUUACAGCCAGAGACAGAAUUUGUUUUCCCCCUAUCCCAUCUGCAUCUGGAGUCGCAAAGACCCCCCAUAGGUAGCAUCUCGUCCAUGGAAGUGAAUGUGGACACGUUGGAGCAGGUGGAGUUUAUUGACCUUGCAGAUCAGGAUGGAGCAGAUGUGUUCUUGCCUUGUGAGGACUCUCCGCCAACUCCCCAGAUGUCUGGAGUGGACAACCAUCCAGAGGAAUUGAGCCUGCCGGUACCCACGCCAGACAGGACCACAUCCCGAACUUCCUCCUUGUCCUCUGACUCGUCCAACCUGCGCAGUCCAAAUCCAAGUGAUGGGGGAGCAGACACACCCUUGGCGCAGUCUGAUGAGGAGGAUGGGGAUGAUGGAGGGGCAGAGCCUGGACACUGCAGCUAGCACUGGGCCUCUUGUGGACUGGCCAAUCUGGCUGUUCUCCUUAGAGAGGGGAUCCCAGGCCCAGCAGAGCACUCUGGAGAAGACCUGACACUUUACUUGCCAUCAGCCCCAGAGUGAGAAAGGAUGGUGGAUGUUGUACCUGAGAACUAGCCUUCCCCCGCUUUCUGCUAACUUUCUCCCGCUGCAACCUUCCCAGUGCUUUUCUUCUGAGGUAGGACUUCCAAAUGAGAAGCUAUUAGAUCAGCAUCUUGUAGGACAAGAUGCCAAUGCUUUCAAUGCCAGUACCCCUCCUGCCCCCCAAUGACCCUGCAGUCUUCUGCCAGAGUCUCCUGAGUCAGUGUCUGAGGGGAAGUUCUGAGGAGUUCCACUUGGCACUCUGUGAGGUUGUACUGCUGUAAUCCUGCCUCUUUAAAUCCUUUUUGGAAUAGAAUAUAGUGUAAAUAAUAAACUAUAAUAUACCACUCA